CGUGGUGACAAUGUUGUCUGUAGAAGUUACUUCAUAAAAUGACAAAGUACAAUGAAUGAAGGACAGUAUAUGUGCGAAUAAAUAGCUUGAAGAUAAAGAAGCUGCAACAAUCGAGGUAAAUAAUUUCAAAUUGAGUUUCAUCUUAUUCUAAAACAAAGCAUGUCUACAACAUACAUGGUCCCCUCGAAAUUUAAUCCUGCCGAAUGGCAUUCUUCGAACGCGACGCAUUACAUGAACGCCUUUCGCGAAGUCGAGAACGGACGAACGUUGCGAGAUGCGAGCAACAAACUGGCAAAGAGCAUUGCGUACGAUGCGAGCAAGAUGCAGAAACACGUUCAAGAAAAGCUUGGGCAACGCAUCAAGGAUGUCGCAUCGUGGAAGUCGGAAGUGGAGAAAGAACGCUCUUGCGUUGUAUCCGAAAUGGAUGCAUUGUUGCAGUCCAAAGCCAUGCUUGAUAAAGCGCUGGCAGCAACUCAGUAUCCGUUGGCGGUACCGAAAAAAUGUCUUGCCUAUCGUACGAAUAGGGCUGGCAUUGACCUCGUCAAAGACACUGUUGAGAAGAAUUUGUAUAAGGAAGUUCAAUUGAUAGAAGCAACACAGGAAGCUCUAAAAAGAACAUCAGAUCAAGUAAUUGAUCAAUACAGGAGAUUAGAAAGUGUAAAGAAACGCUUGGAUAAAGACAAUCAUGACAAAAACUCGGCAUUGACAAUCGAUAAUUAUUGUCACGGUCUAAACAAUUAUUCUUCUGGCUUGGGUUAUCACAAGUUCGCCAUUGAAUUGGAUCCGAGAUUUACCACUUUGCCAGAAUGGGAAAAUUUCUCAUAUGACAACAUAACACGAGCUAGAUGGGAGAGAAAAAUGUCGGAGAACUUGCGAAAGAAAGUUCACGAACUUCUUGUUCGAACUAUGAACGAGUUGAAAGAGAUGUUUGACAAGGUGAACUUGUCGUUAAACAGACGAGUGAUGGAAACAAACAAUGCCAAGAAAACGCUCACCGCUCAUUUGAAAAGGGUUACAGAUGAAAUGGCAAAAAUGAGAGAGACUAUCGACAUGCUGAAAAAGUCCAUAUACGAGAAGGAGAAAUACAUGCAGGUCGCUCAGACACGUCUCGAGAGACGCGGGUACAGACCAAACAUGGAAUUAUGUCGCGACAUUCCCAAGUAUCGAUUGGUCGACGAAGCGGAUCUUGAGGCUGCUAUUGAAUCUCUAAAGCGCAGACUCCAGGAUGCGAUCCGCGGCUAUCAAGCUUUGGAGCAACAAAAAAUUUCUUUGGAGCAAGAUAUUGCAGUGAAAACGACAACCUUGGAAAUUGAUCGCGAUCUCUGCUAUCGCAUGCGACAAGGGAUGUCCUGGCAGCCAUUUCUUAUGAGUACUACUCCUAAGUUAAAAGAUGGUGCGUGCCAUCGCCAGGCAACGCCACCGCGCCUUCUGAGCCGGCUGUCCAACCGACCAGUCACAGCGCGUUCGAUUACCACGCCUUUGUCAAGAUGUGGCAAACUAGAGGAUGGCGUGCGACAUCAGAGUCCCGCUGGUGAUCUAUUUGGUCUUCCACCUUCUCGUGGAGGCCUGCGAAGUUCAAACCGGCUUAUAACGUCGGUUUUAGACUAAGAAGUCAAGACACCUUGAUUCGUUGAUGACAAACAACAAGCUGUUCAACUUUUCUAAUUUACCUAUUUAUUUCAACAAAACUUUAUCCAUAUUUACUUCGCGUGAAGUAGCUAAAAAUAUUCUUCAAAUGAUUCAGUGCACCAAUUUUAAAUAAAUCGUCAAGCAAAUAUUUUUCGUUUGAUACCUCAGCAUGAUUGAUGGUAAAACUGUUUAUAUUACGAAAUUUUAUCACGUAGUUUUUGGUUUCAUUGCAAAGAAUAUUUAAAAUGACUCGACGACUUUAAUAAAGCGUGUUUGUGUUCUUUUCA